AUGGAACCAGUCUUAUUUAAAGAAAAGUUUUUUGAUUGGCCAGAUUUAUCUCGAAUAAUAAAAGUGAAGAGUCAAGAAACUGAUGAAAGCAAGUCUGAUGAAGUACUUAAUUUGAAGCCGUGCAAUACCAAAGAAAUGAUCGAACAGAAACCACCAGAACCUGAUCUCGUCCUGGAAGGAAGUCAUCUUGGACGAGGAACGGAAUAUUUUGAUUCGGCUGAGCGAAGACAUUAUGAAAUUACAACGUUGGCAAUAAAAAUAUGGCAUAUUUUAGAAUACGAUCAUAAUCUCCUACCAGAAUUGAGUUACGGACAAUUUCACAAUGGAGAUACGUAUGUUGUUAGAUGGCAAUAUAUGAUAACGCAGACAGGUAGAGAUUUGUCAGGACAAAUGUCCAGACAUUCGUUUGUUGGACGUGAAAGGUGUGCUUAUUUCUUCUGGCAAGGAAGUGAAUCCACAAUAACAGAGAAAGGUGCAUCUGCCCUCAUGACAGUAGAACUGGAUGAAGAAAGAGGACCACAGGGUCUGUCUGGAUAUGUUGGGCCCAUUCCUCCCCAUCUGGCAGUCGCAAUAUUAGGGUCUGCUGAACCCAUAAUGGGUUUGCAAAAAAAGAGCCCUCUUAGUGUUCACAGAACAGAUAGUUAA